UAAUCAUUUUUGUUUAAUUUAAUUGAAAAUCAUAAAAAUUUGAUAUAAACUAAUUAUGCAUUUUAUUCAAGAAAUGAUUAAAUCGUUCAAAAACAUUAAUCUGUAAAGGUUAUGUUUACUGUUUAGAGUGAAAAUUGACAAUUGAGGUUAGGUGCACGUGCUUUAAUUUUUACUGUAAUUAUUAAAAGAAGAAUGUGUUCAAUUGGUGAUGAGGGUAUAGAAGAUGAAGGCCCUGCAAAGUUUAUGGAAAAAAAGCUUUCACUACAAGAUAAAACUUGUGUUAAAUGUAAAACAAAUAGAUCUGUUAUAUUAUUGAGAUCCAAGGAUUGUUAUUGCAAAGAAUGCUUCGUAAAUGGAACUCUUCAUAAAUUCAAAGCAUUUCUGGGGAAGUUACGAUUAUCUAGGAGAGAUGAAAAAGUUUUAGUGUCUUAUAAAACAGGUCAUGUAACUUGUACUUUGUUGCAGUUUUUAAGAAAUGGGCUGGAUACUAUGGCCGAACAGAAAAGAUUAAAAUUUCAACCCAUUUUUAUUUAUGUAGAAAAAAAUUACCAUUUAUCACUUGAAGAACGUAAAAAUGUUUUAAAAACAAUUUCUGAACAUGUUAAUCAUUUUAAUUUUAAAUUAUACAUGGUUUCUUUUGGCGACUACAUUAAAACAGGACAAUUAACCCUCUUUGAAAGUUGGAAUACGAUAAAAUUAAGUGAAGAUAAUAACGACAUUUACGAAAUUUUAAAAGAAAAAACAAAAUUGACUUAUCAAAAAGAAAUUUUUCAUAUUUUUGAACGUGACUUAUUAAUAAAAUCAGCAAAAUCUUUAGGUUGUUCUUUCAUAUUUACAACAGAUCUCACCGCAGAUAUAGCAGUAAAUCUUUUAACUAACGUCUCGUUGGGUAGAGGAAACCAAUUGCCAUUGGAUAUUGGUGUUAUUGAUGACCGCGACGAAAUAAAAAUAAUCAAGCCAAUGAGGCAUUUAAACAUGAAAGAAUGCGUAUUUUACAAUUAUUUUAACAAUGUUGAGCCAGUAAUUACUCGAGUAAUUGAUGAAAAACCUUAUUCCAGCGUACAAAAUUUAUUAACAAACUUUAUUGAUAAGCUUCAAGUUGAUUAUCCAGCUACGGUUACAACCGUUUUAAGAACUGGCGAUAAAUUAAGCAUGGAUCUAGCGAAUCAAUCAAUAUGCGAAUUUUGUAAGGCACCAAUUUUUAUGAAUAAAGACAAAUUCAUAUCGGCCGAAGCGACGAAUUUUUCGCGACAUUUAUCAACAAUGCAGUUAAACAUGGAUGUAACACCAACAGAGAGAUAUGAAAAAGCUGUUUCAAGUUAUUCUUCUAGUGACGAUAAAAAAGAUCUUUGUUAUUCUUGUAAAAUUAUUUCGGAAUUUAUAAUAAAAUAAAAAAAUUACACAUA